GUCCGGAUACGAGUAGAAGCUAACAGCAAGCAUACUUUUCAAUGCCCCAGCACUUUGCCCAAAUUUGCCCACUCCUUCCACUGCCGCCGCCGCACUCGAGGAAGCAAGAGCGAGCCGAUCAGGUGCUCACUUUUGCACCACGUCCAACAUGGAUCACGGUGGUAUGGAUCACGGUGGCAAGGGUCACGGGGGCAUGGACAUGUCACCGACGGCGUGCAAGAUGGUCAUGAUAUGGGACUGGUCUGUGCCGACGGCCGACGUGUGCGUCGUUUUUUCCUCCUGGCGGAUCCGCAAUCAGAGCGACUUCAUCCUCUCUGUGCUCGCCAUCGUCUUCCUCGGCGCGCUGUGUGAAUGGCUGCGUCUCUUCAUCCGCAGCUGCGAUCAGGGGUUCGCGGACGCAAUAAGCUCGGGAAGCGCUAGGACGCCACACCGGGGAAGAGCUAGCGUCCUCCCGAGCAACUUGGCAGACUCAUCCUCGGGCAGCGACAUUUCCACCUCUAUCGGCGAUGGGCGCGGCCUACUAAAUCGCUCUAAACCCAAGGGCAAGUCUCUCCGUAAAGCUGGCGGUGCAAAGUCACUCAUAGGGAUUCGGCCCCUGCCCAUAUCACGAGCAUCACAGCUGCAACGGUCGAUACUCUACGGCGCCAGUGUCUUUCUCUCCUUCUUCCUAAUGCUAGUCUUCAUGACGUACAAUUUUUACCUCAUCGGAGCGAUCGUCUUCGGAGCUAUUCUCGGCCACUACCUCUUCAAUCGGGAUCUCGCCCAGCAAAGUAGGCUCAGCCUUCUCGGUGAUCGAGGCGCAGCUUGCCAUUGAAAUAAUGAAAUUGAUCAGCAACUCAAAACUUCUUGGCCGCAGCGUCGCGACAUUUGCCAAGCAACCAUCACGCAUUUCUCCACUCAAACGAUCUUCUGCACAUCUAGUCACCAUCGCACGUAGCUUAACCACUUGUGUACUUGUAUGAAUUCCAGGCAUUCUUCUAUGUUUUAUUUCUUCACAAA